CAACAAGCAGAACAAAUAUUGUCCCCUACUAAACUGCAUUUAUGAUUCUGCAGCAGGCUGUUUCUGUUGUGUGUGUGUGUGUGUGAACGAGAGAGCCAUGGCAGCAGUGACAUUAGAACCAAUUUCAACGAUUGAUGAUUAUAAUUAUGAUGAUAGCAAAGCCCCUCCAACUCAGUCCUCAUUUGGCCAACCACCGGAUACAUCACCCAGUUCACCAUCGGACUACAUACUUCUUGUGGUCAAUGUGGUCAUCUUACUGCUGGGGGUUUGUGGGAAUGGGGUGGUCAUCUGGAUAGCUGGUCUCAAGGUGAAAAAGACGGUCAACACCACCUGGUACCUCAGCCUGGCCAUCUCCGACUUCAUAUUCUGUGCCUGUCUCCCCUUCAACAUAAUCCACAUGGUAACAAAGGAGUGGAUCUUUGGGCUCUUCAUGUGCAAGUUCACCUCUUUUGUGAUGUUCCUCAACAUGUUCAGUAGCAUCUUCCUCCUGGUCGUCAUCAGUGUUGACCGUUAUCUACUUGUCGUAUUCCCAGUUUGGGCCCAGAACCAGCGAACUGUGAGGAGGGCCUCUGCAGUUGUGGUUUUUGCCUGGGCCGUCUCUGUUGCACUGAGCAUUCCCUCCACAGUGUUUCGUCAGGUAUCCCCAGAUGGCAUAAAGUGCUUUAAUCAAUACCCACACCUUAACAGUCACAUAACUGUAGCUGUCAGUCGAUUUAUCAGUGGCUUUGUGCUCCCGGUCCUCAUCAUCAUCUUCUGCUACUCUGUCCUCAUUCUGCGACUGAAGACCAACAGGAUGACAAGGUCCUCCAAAGCCUUCAAGGUCCUGACUGCACUGAUAGCCAUGUUUUUCAUCAGCUGGCUUCCAUACCAUGUCUUCAUCCUUCUGGAACUUAAAGCCGGUGAUCAAACUUCUCUAACUGUUAUUCAUGAAGGGCUAAGUAUAUCUGCAACUCUGGCUAGUGCAAACAGUUGCCUGAACCCAUUUCUGUAUGCAUUCAUGGGCAAAGACUUCAAGCAGAAAUUCUUUAACUCUUUCCUUUCUAAGAUUGAAAAUGCUUUUGAUGAGGAGGAACGCUCUUCAAGGAGUAGAGGAACCUCUUUCUCCCAGGCUGAUUCAAAAGUUUAUACAAAUGUCUGAUUGCCUUUCAACAAAUAUUGUAAAACAGGGCAAACUUAUGCCCCUUUUAAGUAUAUUUUAUAUACAAUAACCCAUUAAGUUCACAUAUUAAGGUCCAUAGUUGUGACAAUAUAAGAUUUGCUCUGUCUUAGCCAACUGUUAUGCAAACUAUGCAAAUGUUUUAACCCUGAGGAAAUAACUCAUUUAAAGUUAUUUCCUGUAACACACACACAAUUGCUGUAACGGUAUUGUUUAAAUGUAGUUGAAUGUCAUUUUCAUCACCACUCAAGUAACAUAAGCAACAAUAUUGUACUGUAUUGUUCUGCAUUUCCUGCCAUGCAUCACCAAUCUUUUGGUUGACAGGUUUUUGUGUAAUCAGAUUUGUACCAUGAAAUGUAAUUCAGCCCACCGUGCCAACAUUCAUCUGUCAGGUCAUCUGCUGUGACACUGAAAGGUCAAGUGUAAUUACAUAUCCUAUAGAGGAGCUGAGAAUCUUAUUGAAGAGCCCUGUGUUUAUACUUCACAAAACCACUUUUGGAAAAACUAACUAAAACUAUUUUGGAUGAACAUGAAGCCUUUGGAACUUCAUACUGUACUAAUGUCUCUUACCAAUUGUGAAAUAGCUUUUUUCACAUGUUAAGCUGAAACUUUCUCAUGUGAAUCUAUAUGUUCACAUGCAUUAAAUUUAGAGUUAACAAGAUAACACCACCUUUCACAUGUGAGGAGAAUAACGUGUUUUCUCCUCCCAUGAGUUGCAAGUUUACAUGUAAAAAACAUUCACAUUUGCAGUUUCCCAUGUAAGAAUCCUUCACAUUGUGUAAUUGCAAGGUCACAUAUGGGUCUGAAAUAGCGUUAUUCUCCUCCCAUGUGAAAAAGUGGUGUUAACAUGUUGCAGUAGCAAUUUUUCCACAUGGGGAAUUGCAAAUUAUGUAAUGCCAUUCUACUUUAAUUAAGUAAUAAUUCAAGUGCAUAAAAAUUAAUUAUGGUGUCAUCCACUUCAUUUUUUCCCUUCCAUAGUGUUGCAUUGAUACACGUAUAUUUAGUGCUACCACGAGGAGGAGGCAUUCGGAGUGUUUCUGCUGCAGGCGCAUGCUCUCUUCAUACGUUGGUCCGUGGCUGUUGAAAGUAGCCCGGUGAAAAGAACCGUGAAGCUAGUUAGCUAGCGGUGUCUCCUUAUUUUUAAUAUUCUGUGUUCCGGUUUGUAUGCAUGGUUACGUUUUCAAUAUCUAGAGAGACAUUUUUUAACUGAACUGUAAUGACUUUUUGGGUCAUUUUGAUGAUUUAAUUGUUUUGACCAAGUGAAAAACAAAUUAGAUUUUUUUCCAUGAACAUGAGCAUAGCGAGGCUAAGUAACUAGCUAGCUAAUUCACUUUUGAAUGAAAGUCAAUGGUAACAUGUUGGCAUCUCAGAUGAUUUAAAACAAAUAUUUGAUACUUUUCGGGUCUCUUAAAUGGUAAAGAUUUUUACAAACAAGGGCUCAUAUUGAGUGUAUUUGCAUGUGUACAUAUGAACCACGUUAAUAUGUAUUUUAGAAUGUAAUUUUUUAUUUAAUCUAUAUCUAAUAGCUGCAUGCUAAUUUCUAACUGCUAGCUUGCUAGCUAGCUUAGUGCUAGGUGCUAGCUAGCCUGCCAUUUCAUCCCAGCUAGCUAGUUUUAGCUUCCAUUACUGUUUGAUGUCCAUUUGGAUUUUGUUAAUUUUUAUGCCGGUGUAUUAAAUGUAUUUGAAAAAGA